GUUACUAAAAGGGGAGUUGGGGCGGUUAUGUUUCACUCGCGAUUGCAGAUUCAUGUCAAAUAAUGUACUGAUGCCGAGUUUUACAUCAGGUCAUACUUUGGCGUGGUGAUAAACAAAUUAGGAACCAGGAAAAAUACUCAUUCGAAAGUGUGAAAUUGACAGGCGCACUGAAAACUGUGGCAAGAGAAUCAGAUGUGAGAGGAGAGGGAGUCGCUACUGUCUGGAUUAAUCAGAGCUAUUGCAAAGCAGCAGAUUUAAAAUGGGUUUUGCCUAUGACAAGUUGUAUGAGGAAUUCAUCCGGCCUCAUAUGCCAGAGUUUGUGGACAAAGUGAAAGUGCGAGAGAUUUUGCCAUUUCUCUGCUGCCUCACAAGCUCAGACCAGGAGGAGAUCUGGGCGCAAACAGACAUGAGGGGGAAUGGAGCUGGCAUGCAGGUGCUGCUAGACUGCAUUAGGCGGAGGGAGAACUGGCCUGAAGACCUUAUCCAAGCCCUGAAGAUGCGCAAGCACACCACUCUCGCCAGUCAAAUGGAGGAAAAAUAUGAGUCUCUUUUAGCACCCCACAUAACUCCUCCCAGCCCCCAGAUGUCCCUGAUGAAACCUGUUGAGGACACUAACUCACCAAAGGCAUUGGGUGAUACUCGAGCACAAGAGAAAGUAGUGAAAUGCACUACAACUGUUAAUCAGUUUGACAUUAAACAGGCUCGCCAAGAGGAGGAGUGCAGGAGACGACCAGUGUCAUCGCUGCAGUCACUGCCAGGUUCCUCUGAUUGGCUGAAUCAGUCCGUCAGUCAAGGCCCUUCACAUUGUCACAGUGGGCCGGACGCAUGGAAGGAUGAGUGCUUCUCUAAGCCGGGAGUGUUGCGCUCCAUUCCUCCCCCUUCCCGAAUGCAGGCAGUUGUACCUGAGGAACCGUACUCCGGUGACUCUGCCCGCCUGCAAAUAAGCUCGUCCUCGGCCACCCCGUCCAACCACAACCCGGGAAACGUCACCCCCAGCCACUGGGGGCCACAUCCCAAAGACCUGGAGAAGAACCAGUACGAUCCCGUUCCUCAGGGCUUUGAUGCCAGGUGGGAUGUCUGGGAGAAUGUGGUCCAUGUGGUCCAAGGCGCCGCUGUCCAAAAUUAUGCAGGGCAAGACCCUCGCAACGGUGAGGAAACAUCAGCAGGCACACUUACCGGGAAUGCCCGUCCUCUGUACCCAUCUCCCCUGGGGCCGGGCCUGCAGUGGCUUCAUGGAGGGCAGCGGGCAGUCCCCCAGUUCAGCUUUCUCAUGGCUGCAGCCAUUGCUGUAUUGGCUGUGCUGGUGAUGCUGUGGUCAUCUGUGUAA